AUUAAGUGGAUGGCGGCUUAGUAUCCCAAUUAACACAACGGUUGAUAUUUUAAAUUCACAAGAUCGCGGCUUACAUGUGUGUCAGGAGUUUGAAACAAAACUCAAUUUCACAAUGUUAAGCAUUCAUCAAAUUCAACUCUCACAGGGUUUUUAACUCUGGAACGAAUGAGGCUGAAAAAUGUUUCUCUUUACCCAAAAGUUUAAUUGUAUUUGCGGAGUAGUGGAAUUCUCAGGCAUGGCACAAAAGAACUUUGUAUAAAAUGCCAAGCGCUCAAAAAUAGAAGAUCUCCGAUGGAAACGUAAAUAGUAAAAUAAGCCGAUUUGAGGCAGUUAAUAUUUAAUGCCCUUCUCCCUAGCAAAGCACAAAGGCGCCGGGAAACGGAAAAACAAUCUUAGUAAAUCCGCGAUGGGUACUUUACGAUGACCAAAUUUGGUCACAGAUAGUGACUGUUGACCACUAGGAGUGCUUUGCUUAUAAGCUUCCUAGAACUCCGCGCUGCCUUCUAAAAGACAGACCGCAGAAUUUCUUUUGAUCUGCACUUAGUUGUCCCUUGUGCUUUCUUUGCAAGAGAAGUAUUAUUUGCACUGCUUGUUUUCAAAAUGGCUGAUCCUAAUGUCUCGUUUGAGGAGGAGGAUGAGAUUCGAAAGUCAUUCAACGAGUUUGACUUGGAUGGUAAUGGCUUCAUCACGGCUAGCGAGAUCGGAAAAGCCAUGAAAGCUCUUGGAGAAGAUAUACCUGGCUAUCAAGUACGCAAUAUUAUCGACGAAGCUGAUAAAGACGAGAACGGAAAGAUCGACUUCAAUGAAUUUUUGAAGAUUUAUAAGACAUACAGCAAGAAAUCUGCAGGCUCAGAGUUUAUGAACUUAAUCCGAAGGAGAGAACAACUUGAGAUUUCGGGAGGGACAUCAGAAAGUUCGGCGGCAGGCACAAGGCAUUCGUAUUCUGAAGGAGAGCGGGUCGCCUUCGUAGACUGGAUCAAAACAUCACUGAAGGACGACGAAGAAUUUAAGACCUAUUUACCUAUCGAUUCAACAAGCCAGGAAAUCUUUACAAAGAUCAAGGAUGGUAUAAUUUUAUGUAAAAUGAUCAACGUGGCCGUGCCUGAGACUGUUGACGAGCGUGCCAUCACCAAACCAAAGUCAAAAAGAGAUUUAACAGCAUUUCGUGAGAAUCUGACGCUGGCUCUGAAUUCAGCGCGCUCCAUUGGAUGCAGUUUAGUUAACAUUGGAGCCGAGGACCUUGAAAAGGGAACCACUCACCUUGUGCUGAGUUUCCUGUGGCAGAUCAUUAGACUCGGCUUGUUUGCCAAGAUCACCUUGAGUAACGUGCCAGAGAUGGUCGCUCUCUUGUCCGAUGACGAAUCGUUGAACGACCUGAUGGCGCUACCACCAGAGGACAUUUUGCUGAGAUGGUUCAACUACCAAUUAGAACAAGCAGGUUGCGGUCGACGAGUGGAAAACUUUAGUGAUGAUGUCAAGGAUUCGGAAUGCUACUUUCAUCUUCUCAGGGUGCUGCUAAAGCGCAUUGAUCCGGAUGCAGUGGACAGCAGUGUCAUACAGGAACAAAAUCCCAGCAAGAGAGCGGCGAGAACGCUAAUGAUGGCAGACAGCAUUGGCUGCAAGAAAUUCGUGCGGCCCAAGGAUGUCGUUGCUGGUGAUCCAAAGUUAAACAUGGCGUUUGUAGCGAACUUGUUUAACCAUUACCACUGUUUGCCUCCAUUGGAUUCGAAUGACGAGGAUCCUAAAGAAGAGACCAGAGAAGAGAGAACCUUUCGUAAUUGGAUGAACAGUAUUGGCGUCACCCCAUAUGUCAACUAUCUUUACACCGAUCUUCGCAAUGGAAUAGUCUUGCUGGAUGUGUUUGACAUCAUUGAGCCAGGGAUUGUGAAAAGGAAAGUAUACAGACCACCUUACAAACACAAUCGUGAGAAGAUGGAACAAUUAGAGAACUGUAACUGCGCACUGGAGAUUGGCAGAGGGAAAGAAAUGAACUUUUCACUGGUCGGGAUUGGAGGGCAAGAUAUUUAUAAUGGCAACGAAACACUGACUCUAGCUAUUGUUUGGCAACAGAUGAGGGCGUACACUCUUGCCUUGCUCUCAAAGCUGACUCCAGAUGGCACAAAGAUUGAAGACAAGGACAUUAUCAACUGGGUUAAUAACAAGUUGCAAGAGGCAGGCAAAUCAAGCAGGAUCACAAACUUCCAGGAUCUUAGCAUCAGUAGCAGCCUGCCUGUUCUGGAUUUAGUUGAUGCUAUCAAACCCGGCACCGUGAAGUACGAUAUGGUGGCCAAGGGCUCUAGUGAAGAGGACAAACACAGAAAUGCCAAAUACGCCUUGAGUGUUGCACGAAAGAUUGGUGCUGCUACCUACGCGUUGCCCGAUGACCUGGUAGAGGUUAAACCCAAGAUGGUGUUGACAGUUUUCGCCUGUCUAAUGGCCGCUAAUCUGGUUAUUGAGAAAAAACUGAAGAAGAAUAGAAAAUGCUAAGUGUUUUGUAAUGUUCCUUUGCUAUUUAUCAUUUCAACGUCGAUCCAGAAACUAAUCCAGAAUCCUUGUCAAAAUAGAUUUUAACACUUGAUAUUUUGAAUCUGUGAAAUACUGAGUUGUCGCGCAAAUUGGAUUGUAAGUCAGUUGUUGUAGUGAUUAAGCGUAGCUUAGCUUACCUUUUUGAGAGUAAUAAAUAUACCCAUUUAAAACCUCAAUAUUUGUGAGGAGAUUGGGUCACUGCUCCUUACGAUUUUGGUAUCGAAUAAACAAUCGUAGGGACUGGUCAAAAAGUACAUGGGGGUGAGGUGGGGUGGGCAGAAGCAUUUGAAAAUGUGGUGGUUAGAAAACACCUGACCCACCCCUCCCAUUUGGCACAAAACUGAGUGACCCACCCCUAAAUGCGGGCUGAAAAUAACAUGACUCACCCCGCUAUAAAACAUGACAUUUUUGGUUGCAUAAUCCUACAAAAUCACAUUUUGUGUAUGAAAUUGUGGUAUUAUUUACGUUUCAGAUUUAUUUCUAAAUAAUAAUAAUAACACAAAAUCAUCUAAAAGUAAUAUCAUUUUACUGUUGCAACUUUUAAGUCAUGUCUGUAAACUCUAAGAAAACUUGACCUUUAACGUUUCACACUAGGCCUCCAGAACUGUAGUGGGUCCUGGGCAGGGGCGGGGGAGCGCCUGGUCCUGAGGGUUAGCCAGUUAACUACGAGUCCCAGAUCUAUGAACAUGUGUCCCGUACCCUUGAAGACAAAUAGCAUGUAGACACAAGUUGGCCAUUUGCUGUUCUUGAAGACCAGCAUGUCAACAGAGCACAGUGUUUUGAAAAUUUCUGCCUUGGGACUCCUUGCUUAAUCCGUUAGCCUUCUUAGCUUUCGUACCGAUUUUACAUGAAAUUGUCAUCUCUAUUGUGCACCAGCCAAGCGUACUUUUUCAAACACGGCUCGAAAAGUUUUCGUCCUUUGGAACUGGAGGGAGUAACCUAUGUUGUCGAUUGUUUCAAAUGUGUGCCAGUUCCUGUUAUAAAACAGGAUGACCCACCUCCAUGGGUAGCUGAAAAUUGAACGACCCACCCCUUACCAAGGGCUCAAAAACUGAUGACUCACCCCGUCUCUGCUCCGGCCCACCCCCCAAUACUUUUUGACCAGUCCCUUAUCCUAUGUUAUCUUGCUGUGACUUUUAAUAACCAAGACGUUUGACCGUCCCCAAGUUUCUUCAUCGCUGCGUGAAAUAGUAGCAAGCUGACUGUGGGUGCGGGAGACAUGCAGGUGCUAGCUAUUUUUAGUAAUUUUAAUUGAGACAUGGAGUUUUAGUAUAAAUCUACACGCGUUCUAUCACGAUUGCCGUUUUCUAAUUGGCCACGUUACUCACUAUCUAUUUAACAAAUAGAUUCCAUGUU